AUGAAGUUCGGAUACUCAGUGAUAUCUGCUUCUAUGCUCGGUCUUUUUGCAACAGUCUUUGCUGGAAGCGUUUAUAGAUGCCCAAGUACUAAAGAGAUUCCCGAAGAAACCGCCAACACCGCCGUCAGAAACGAACUAGCUAGAGCGGAUAAUGGCAAAAAUUUAAAAAUAAUUUUUGAUAAUAUUGCCGUUAUGAGACUUUUGAAAUACUCGCUUGAUGACGUUAACUUUAAAAUUAUGGCAUAUAUCAACACACAAGACGGAACAUUCCGAGUAUUUGAGGAGAGAAGUAGACCUCAAAGCAUUGAAAUAUGCAGACUAGUGGUAAGGUAA